UCUCAUGCUCCGGAGGCGACUUGGGCCUCUUGCUGGCCCGGCUCCGAAUCAAAGCUUAGCUAUAUGACGACCUUCCCCUGCUCCGGAUCUCUUUUGUGCGGUGUUUCUGGCUCAGAUGUUGGGCGGGCCGCCCUUGUUUUGCUCCUGCCAAAUUCCUUGCUCCGUCUGGCAACAGAGCUUGCCAUGGCGCGAGAAGACGCUGGGUCACUGCCCAUCCUGAAGCUACUCUUGGUCGGAGACAGCGGAGUAGGAAAAUCCAGCCUUCUGCUGAGAUUCACUGAGGAUCAGUUUGAGCCCUACUUGAACCCAACCAUUGGUGUUGAUUUCAAAGUGAAGAAGAUGGUGCUUGGCGACUUUCCCGUGCAACUCGCAAUAUGGGACACGGCAGGGCAGGAGCGAUUCCGGACUUUGACUCCUAGCUAUUACCGAGGUGCUCAAGGUAUAAUUUUAGUUUAUGAUGUCACUAAGAGGGAAACUUUUGCGGGACUGGAAUGCUGGCUGCAAGAGCUGGAUGUUUUCACGAAGAAAAGCGUUGUGAAGAUGUUGGUGGGCAACAAAAUCGACGAGACGGAUCGUGAGGUAGACAGAAAGGAAGGCUUGCAGUUUGCUCAGAAACACUCCAUGCUCUUUGUAGAGACCAGUGCUAAAAUGAAGGAUGGCGUGGAAACUGCCUUUGAGGAAGUCGUGAUAAAGAUCCUGCAAACACCAGAACUUUGGAACAUCAGAAAUGAAGGAGUUGUGCUGGCACCUGAGAGCAGAGCCCCUAAUACAGCCGACGCCUGCAGUGGGCUUUGUUCUGUUGCUUAAAACCCGCCGCCUUCAAAUAAAAUAGCUCAGGUCAAACAUA